AUGAAGACUGCCUUGAACAGCAGAAUGGUGGAGAACAAAGCUAAGCAAACUCUGUUGAAUUAUAAGAAAACUCAAGACCAAGCAAUUGAGCUUCACAGAGGCAAGGAAAACCUGUUGAAGGACCUUCACAUGGAAGGCUUGUAUCAAAAUGGUAAAAGUAAUAGUUUUUCAGCGCAAGCCUGUGUCUCCUUUAGAAGAUCAAUGAAGGUUGAAGGUGACCGUGACACAAUGGGAAGUGUGAAUACCCAGCGCGAGUUUCUUCCUAAGAUGGGGACCCUGGACAGAGUUGACACCACCGUCUCCCAUACAGCACAACAGGUGAUACCAAGUACUCCCCUUCCACUCAGCAACAGCCCAACUACUAGCCUCCCCAUGCAGGCAACUUGCUUAAUAAAGGCAAAACAGGAAAGCUGCCGGCGUCUGAAGCUCACACUUAAUUCAACGUCACGAUUAACAACAGUGGAAGAUGGUAUCAUAAAGCUGGACCAUCAGAUAUCUGCACUGCAGUCUUCCAUUAUACCUAGGGAUUCAGCAGCUAUGACUGCUGCAAUAUGCGGUCUAGUGUUGAUUAGAAUGUUUCACCAGGCGACUCUCGACUGGACCUGGCCAGUUGUUCUUCUCGGCCUCCUGACUGGGAUAGCCUCCUCGGCUCCAAUAGCAACGAAAGCGAGGGGGAGCUUGGAAGGGAGAUGGGAGACUCUCCUCUCCAGGUCCUUGUAUCCGAUCUCUGGGAGGAAAUUAGACCUCGGCUGGGACAGGGACUAUUUCACUGGAAUCAAGAGAGUGAGGAGGCUUUAUUGCAAUGUUGGCAUCGGGUUUCACCUUCAAAUCACGGCUGAUGGACAAAUUAAUGGAGCACACACUGAAAACCAGUACAGUCUCUUAAUGAUUUCUACAGUAGAGUUGGGAGUCGUCAGCCUCUAUGGAGUGAAAACUCACGCCUUCAUUGCAAUGAAUAGCAGAGGCCGACUGUAUGCAACAGCGGACUUCAAUAAUGAAUGCAAAUUCAGAGAAAGACUCUUGCCAAAUCGCUACAACGUGUAUGAAUCAAAAACAUACCCAGGGAUGUACAUCGCAUUAAGCAAACACGGAAGAGCAAAACGAGGAAGCAAAGUUUCACCCAUCCUGAGAGUUACUCAUUUUUUGCCUAGAUUGUAAAGAAAUGAGACAAAUGGAUACCCGAAGUAUCACAAGACAUAAUUUUCAUAGAAAUAGGAUUGCAGAAGAGUAUACCAUG